AUGGAAGGCGAGGCGCGGCGGCCGCCGGCGUGCGUAUCCAAGGUGCUCGACGACGACAACCUCCUGACGGAGAUCAUCGUCCGCGUCGGCUUCCCCACCAGCCUCGUCCGCGCCGCCGGCGUCUGCAGGCGCUGGCUCAGCCACGCCUCCGACCGCGCAUUGCUCCGCCGUUUCCGCGAGCUCCACCCUCCCAGACUCCUCGGCUUCUACAUCGUAGAGUGGGGGUAUCCGGCCGCCGCACGCUUCUUCCCCAUACUGCCUCAGCCCCCAGAGCUCGCUGCCGUCGUCCGCCGCGCAAACUUCAGCGAGGGGCUACCCUUCUCCAAAAAAGAAGGGGAUACCAUGGUGGGCUGCUCGAACGGCAGCGUCUUCACCCGCCGCCUAAACUUCACCAGCUGCAGAAACUUCGACCUGGACACCUACGAGCUUGUAUUCACAGUGCACAGCCCGCUGCGCUAUGAAGGAGGUAUGGCCGUCCUCCCAGGAUUACAUCUCAGAAUGCCCUCUUUGUACAGUUGGGCACAACUCUUCUCCAAAGAAGAUGGGGACGGGUCGUCCUACUUUUACGUCACGGUGGAGGCCCUGGAUACCAUGGUACCUACGUUAAAUGUUUAUAUGUUGGGAAAUGGUGAUGCUGCCUGGCACAAACAUCUCACGUUGGCGUCGGACCUCCUCUGCCGUCCAUCUAGUCCGAAAGGCGUGCUCGUUGACAACAAAAUCUAUGUCGCGACCUACAAUGCAAUUGUUGUCCUGGAUUUGACAUCCUCAACCUUAUCGACAAUUCAGCUCCCACACGGGGUGGGUUUUGGCCUAGGCGCCACCGUGUUGUCACGGGCCGAUGAUGGUUCUGUUUUAUAUCUCAUCCAUAUCAAAGAGCUUCAACUUCACAUCUGGCUCCACAAUGGGGACAACUGGCUGCUGGUGGACACCAUUUGCUUGAGUGAAAUGUGUGCUAGUUUUCCUGAGGAUGAGCUUACUAGUAUCCGGAUAAACCAUGUGGGGGACUAUAAUGAGUAUGUAUUCUUGGAGAUGGAUCAAUAUGCACUCUACUUGGAUGUCAAGUGCAGGACGCUGCGUAAGGUGUGCGAGAUGACAGCAGAUGAGUAUUCUUUGGGUGAUAUCUAUCCUUUUAUGAUGAGCUGGCCUCCCAUUUUCCCUACUCUCAGUCCUGCAAGGGAUGCCACUUGA